AUGCCGCUGGCAGUCGACCUGUCCAGGAACCAGCUCAGCGGCACGCUGAGCAGCCUUGAAGCCGGGCUGGGCGACGCUCCCCCAUUCCAUCUGCAGCUGCUGAACCUGUCGGGCAACGCCUUCACAGGCACUCUGCCUCCCAGCUGGCUGCGUGAUGAUGCAUGGCCCAUCAUACAUUACAUAGAUGUUUCCAAGAACGAUCUGGAGGGGCCUAUCAACAUCCCUUCCAGACGGGCCAAGCGGCAGUUUUCCUUGUGA